AUGGCGGCUGAAGUUAGGUCAGUCAUUAGGCGAUGUGUUGAGUGUGCUAAGAGGAAAUCCCCGACCAAGACUAGGAAGGCGCCACUGCAGCAACGGGCAGUUGGGGCACCUAUGGAACGUGUCGCCUUAGAUAUUGUGGGACCCCUGCCUGAGACAGCAAAGAGGAACAAGUAUAUCUUGGUCGUGGGAGACUACCUGAGUAAAUGGAUGGAGGCAUAUCCCCUAGCUGAUCAGACUGCUGAAGCUGUGGCUGAGACGUUCGUAAAAGAAUUCGUAUGUCGAUUUAGCGUGCCAGAGGUCCUUCUUUCAGACCAGGGCAGUAAUUUUGAAUCCCAGGUAUUUACCGAAAUGUGCCAUAUCCUUGGCAUCGAUAAGGCACGGACGUGCCCAUACAACCCAAAGUCCGACGGGCUGAUUGAAAGAUUCAAUCGGACACUUGUAAACAUGGUGCCAAUGAUGAUAGAGCCUGAGAGGCGACAACGGGAUUGGGAUGAGAAACUCCCAUUGGCCACUUUUGCUUAUCGUGCAACACCACAGGAAUCCACAGGCGAGUCGCCCAACAUGCUUAUGUUGGGACGCGAGGUGCGCCUUCCCAUUGAUCUAACAACUGAAGCUACAACAGAUGAAAAGGAGCCAGAAGGCGUAGUUGAGACUGACUACGCAAAUGAAUUGCGAAGACGCCUAAGAGCUGCCCAUGAAAGAGCCCGGAUUUGUUUGCUGCAGAGUGCCAGAAGGCAGAAGACGUGCUAUGAUCGACGGACAACUUCACCUAAAUUAGAGCCCGGUAACUUCGUCUGGUUACACAACCCCGCCAAGAAGAAAGGGUUAUCACCUAAACUGCAAUGUAGAUGGGAAGGUCCCUACCUUAUAAUGCGCAGGUUGUUGGACGUGGUCUACAGGAUCCAAAGAAGAAAGAAGGGCAAGAUGAAAGUCGUCCAUUGUGAUAGACUGAAGCCGUACGCAGGCGAGCUAAUUAAGGUGUGGACUAUCGAUGCACCAACAGGCGACUCAUCAAGUCCAGAAGCCGUGCGUCCUGCAUGUGGUGGGUCAGGGGUGUCAGAGCAGCAUGCGACAAGUCCAAUUUCUAACGAGGGAGGAGAACUUGAAACUCCAGUCUCACCAGAAACACCUAAUCUACAUGUAGAGGAAGGUGCUUAG